AUGGCGGCUCGCUUUGAGAAAUGGCUUACAGAAGCAGAUAUAGAGAACAGAUUAAUUACCCUUCCGAUUUCCUGGCUUAGUGUGCUGCUGCCUCGAAUUGAACAAGGAAGCCAUGAGGUCCAUUUGCAGGUUACAGACGGGUUCGGGUUUUUUGGGGAAUUUUGCUGCUCCAUUCGAAGGGUGGGACGGUACCGGAAGCUGGUUCUUCAGUCUGAGGGAUGGCUCAAGUUUGUCAACCACAAAGGGCUCAAAGUUGGGGACAAGAUCGUUCUUGAUUCAGAGGCCAACGAUUUCAGAGGACCCCAAUUCAGAAUUAGAGCACAGAAGUUGAACAAAGAGUGUGAUCAGUGGCUUGAUGUUUAG